AUGUCAAAACCUCAACGAUGUGAUGAUUGUUCCAAAGACAUCUCUAAUGAAAAAGGAUAUUAUAAAGAUGAAAGUAGAACUGGUAACUUAAUAUGCCAAAGUUGUGCGAUAAAACGUAUCCAAAAUAAUACUCCUCCUUCCUCUCCACCUAAUAACACUUCUUUUUCUCAGGAAAUUAGCAAUGUUGGGUUUAAAUGUUGUGAGUCCGAAAAAAUAUUAAAAGGAGAAGAAGUUGAUAUUAGCAAGGCAGAUAUUAAUUCUAACAAGAAAAAAGAAUUAGUUCUUUUAGCUCGGCUAAAGAAUGGCGAGGAAGUAGAUUUAGAUAAAGAGGACUUAGACUCCGAAGACAAAGAAAAAGUUAAAAAAUUUCAAGAGAUGAUUAAGAAUGGCCAAAUACCGACUAACCCGAAGCCCAUUAAUGUUCCCGUUCCUAAACCAUUAGCCGGUCAUAAAUAUGCCGUAAUUUGUAAGGAUUGUAAGAAAGAAUAUAGCACUAAAAAUAAAAUCCCUAGUAGAUGUAAGGAGUGUAGUAGCAAAAGCAUUAAAGUUUAUGGGACUAGCGGACAAGAGUUAAUUAUUCCUAUUAAAAAUGAUAACAAGGAUAAUACUAAUAUUCCACCAACUCUCAUAAUACUAUUCCUAAUUUUCUCCAUAAUUAGUAGUAUAUUCUUUUGGAGAAAAGAUGAUAAAAGCAUGACCGAAUUAGUCAAACGGAUUGCUAAACACAAGAAACAAAUUGAAGAAUUAAAAAAGCAAAAAUUAUUAGAAGUUUUGCGGGAAUUUUAUAUUAAAAAGAAAAUUAACCACGCCUUGCCUAAUCCACAUAGUAAAUAUAAUAGCGUUUAUCUUACUUAUCUUCGUUGA